AUGGCCAUACUGAGUUUGCUGCAGUACAUGGACUCUAGCUCAUUGCUCUAUUUGGCAGCAGGGGUGCUUGCUCUCCUUUACUUUCUCAGCAGCUCAAAGAAGUCCAUUUGCCGUUUGCCUCCCGGGCCACGACCUCUUCCUCUCAUCGGAAACUUGAAUGUGGUGGAUCUGAAGAAGCCAUUCCAGUCACUGAUGGAGCUCUCUAAGAUAUAUGGCAAUGUCUUCACUGUGCAUUUUGGACCCAGGAAAGCUGUAGUGCUGGCUGGAUAUGAAACCAUCAAGGAUGCUCUCUUAAAUCACGCUGAAGAAUUUGGAGAGAGGGCAGAAAUACCCAUAUUUAGGCAAAUGACACAAGGAAAUGGCAUAGUAUUCAGCCACGGAGAACUAUGGAAAACUAUGAGAAGAUUCAGCUUGUCCACACUGCGAGAUUUUGGAAUGGGAAAGAGAACCAUUGAGAUCCGGAUCCUGGAGGAAGUAAAUUCCCUUAUCAAAUAUUUUGAAUUCUAUCAUGGGAAACCAUUUGACCCGAAGAUGAUACUCAACUACGCUGUAUCCAAUGUCAUCUGCUCUAUAUUGUUUGGAGAGAGGUUUGAAUAUGAUGAUCCUGCAUUUCUAACUUUGCUGAAGCUGCUGAAUCAAAAUACUAAGCUGUUGGGCUCCCCUAUGGUACUGUUAUAUAAUUUCUACCCAUCCCUUGGAUUUCUCUCUGGAGCUUCCAAGACUGUGCUACAAAACAUCAGUGAACUGAACACUUUUCUCCAGAAGCUCUUCCAGGAACACAAAGAUGAGUUUAAUGAAAAUAAUUUAACAGGCUUUGUUGAUGCCUUUCUGAUGAAGCAACAACAGGAGUCAAAGAAACACCACACUAUGUUCAACGAGGGAAACCUUCUCUUUUCAACCCUGGACCUCUUUGCUGCUGGGACUGAGACUACUUCCACAACUCUACGCUGGGGCCUUCUUCUGAUGAUGAAAUAUCCAGAAAUUCAGAGAAAGAUUCAGGAAGAAAUGAACCAUGUCGUUGAGCCAGGAGAGCUGCCUAAGUUGGGGGACCGGAAAAAAAUGCCUUACACAGAUGCAGUGAUUCAUGAAAUACAAAGGUUUGCCAACAUUGUCCCAAUGGGUGUAUCACGAUCAACUCCUGCUGAUGUGAAUUUCCAAGGCUAUGUGAUUCCUAAGGGUACAGAAAUCAUUCCACUGCUGACCUCUGCUCUGAAUGAUGAGUUGCACUGGGAAACCCCGGACCAGUUCAACCCUUCCCACUUCCUGGAUGCCAAUGGCAACUUUGUUAGGAGAGAGGCAUUUAUUCCGUUCUCCAUAGGACGAAGGGCUUGUGUUGGAGAAGGACUGGCCAAAAUGGAGCUGUUCCUCUUCUUUGCAGGCUUGCUCCGCAAAUUUGUUUUCCAGCCCCCUCCAGGAGUGGAUAAGUCAGACCUAGAUCUGACUGCUGAUGUUGGCUUUACCUUGAACCCUAUGCCUCACCUGGUUUGUGCUGUGCCCUAUGAAUGA